CUCCGCCGGUCCGCCGCGCUCGUGUUGUGUCUCGGCACACACUGACCUUUACUACUUGUACGUGUUAAUUUUAGCGAACGGUAUAUAUGGUUAACCGAGUCUCGUUUGUAGAGGCCUGAGUGUACAAUUUUAUGACAUGGGUUUACUGCUACAUUUCUCUUGGGAUUGUCCGUGUACCCUACGAUGUAGGCCUUUCAGUACAGUUUCGUUGAAUUUCUUAUUUCUUUUGGAUACAAGUUGACUUUGACAUCGCAUUUGAUUGCGAGUGCGUGAGUGUUUAACUUUCGACAUUUAUUGGCCCGCUGUAAAAAAAUAAUAGAAGUGUGUGCUCUGACGUAAUAUUGUGAUUUUGAAGAGUUCAAGUCUAUAUUGAACAAUGAGUUACCAAGUUUGGAAAACUAUGUAUCACACUGUCCAAAUACUACUUUUGAUUUUUAAUUAUCUUACAGGUAUAGAAGCUCUUCGCAUGACAGCUCUGAAAAUUCCACAGCACGUAGUGCAGAAUCAAACGGUGCGGAUGGAGUGCAAUUUCAACCUGGACCGGGAAACUCUCUACUCGGUCAAGUGGUACAAGGAUGGACAUGAGUUUUAUCGCUACGUGCCCAAAGAACAUCCAGCCGUACAAGUCUUUCCUUUACCUGGGGUCAACGUCGACAAACGAAAGUCAAUAGAAAGAUCGAUAGAGCUACGGCGAGUAAGUCACGAGAGUACAGGCCGCUACAGGUGCGAAGUAUCAGCUGAGGCACCAGCUUUCCACACCGUCUCGAAUCACGCGGAUAUGACCGUAGUUGUGUUACCGGAGCAAGGCCCUAGAAUAAGCGGAACCAAGGUAAAAUACCAAGCAGGUGACUUGGUACGACUAAACUGUACUUCCGCUCCCUCGAAACCGCCUGCCACAUUGAUGUGGUAUGUCAACGAGGAACCAGUGGAUAGUAAACAUCUAAAAGGGCCGCAUAAUAUAAGCGUAGACGCGGGCGGGUUAAGUUCAUCACAGCUUGGAUUGGAGUUCCGCUUGUCAGCGAAGCACUUUCGCCGAGGCGAUAUGAAGCUGAAGUGCUUGGCGACGAUUUCGUCGCUCUAUUUACGUAGCGACGAGCACCGUGUUGCCGGGGACGAGCGAUUUCUCAAGCAGCCAAUGGAAAGUCGUGAGACCCGUGCACAGAGCCACACAAGGAACGCCAGCUCCUCCCAAGGACCUGAAAUAUCUUCAAUUUUAUUAGUGAUCAUUUUAACUACUUUAUCGGCAUUUAUGACUUGUACAUUGAUACGGUAACAUUAAAUGAGUAUGGAAUAUCGGAAAAGGAGGAAAUUAAUUAAGAAGAAAAAAGUAUAAAAAGCAUUGGACACUGUAAGCAUAAAUGAGUGCUGUAUAUCAAUGCUCGAAAUUGUACAUAAAUAUACAAAUACUAGACAUCAAUUCGAGCGAAAUUUUCGUUGAGCUGUUACUCGAUUUUAUGGUUUUCAUAGCCGUUCCCAUUCAAUGCACUGCUACAGAUGAACGACUCUCAUGAAUGGUAAAUGAAAAGAAAGUAUUUACCAAGGAUAUUCAUGAUAUAAGUGUAGAUAAAAACUUUCAUUUGUACUUGUACAAUCGAAUUUAAAAUGAGACUUUUUGGUCCUAGUUUCUACAUUGAUACGAUAAAGAAAGUGAAUAGUAUCAGAAUGUUGAAAGUGUAAAAUGUUUGUUUUAAUGCUCCGCAAUCUUAAGUUCCUUCGUUACUUUCAAAGCUUCAAGAAUAUAGACGUUUAUUGAUAUUUUUUGAUAAAUACUAUGGCAACACGUACAAAACACAGCGUAUAGAUUGAGUGAGAUAAAAGAAUUUUUUUUCAAAGUAAGUAUCUCGCUUUGUAUACAUAGGGAACAUUGGCAUACAUUGUAUGAUAAUUUAGGACGAUUGACAUGGCUUUCAUCUCCUUGAAAAUUAUUGAAAAUUAUUAAUAGUAAACCGAAGACUUAUAUAAGAUAUUUUAGUGAUUUGGAAUCGUAUACGGAUGAACAUAAGAUGGAUAAUUCAUUUGAUUAUCAUAUCUUAACCCAUUGCAACAAUCUAAGAAGAACUCAACUUUCACAAUAAACUUGUUACAGUAGUAUUGCUCUCGGAUAUUUUCAUGGUAAACUUAUUACGAACAACUUUCUCAAAUAGACAUAAUAGAAUUUCUAAUGAAUAUUCUAUAUCUAUAUAUCUAACCUAUAUCCAUAAAGCAUGAAUACAUUUGGUUAUGAAAUUCGUACUCUGUAAACUUUGUAGUCAAGCUCUUAAGUCUAUUAUCAUUUUCUUUCGCUUGCCAAAAUCUAUAGACAAGAUAACUAUUUGUUAUACUUACCAUUUAUUCCAUUAACUUAAUAUCAUCAAUUAAAGACUGUUGAUACCAUACAUAAGUUUUAUUCAUAUUGGAAAAUAAGUCAAAAGCUAUUAUAAAUAUUGCUUGGUAAUUAUUAAUGUUAAUUAAGUACGUAUUGUAUUCCGAAGUACACUUUUUUGGUUUAUUCACAUUCUUUCAGAAGUUAAUAUUAAUUCUUAAAUAAUUUUUGUUUAUGAUUUUUUAUCUAAUUAUAGUUCUAAUAUUAUUUAAAACGUUUUCUAUACAUUGAUGGUUAUCAAAUUGUUAAUCAUGUGAUUCCGAAAUCGUGUAUAUUAUUAGUUUGUCAAUCGCCUGUACGUAUUACUUUAAUCAAUAUUAUAAAGUAGCGGCCAGAUGUCCAAGGUACAGUGUGAUAAGGUGAAAAUAUGUUAUAAUAUCAUACUCAUAAAGGUGAUCGUAUUAUAAUCUCAAAUGUAA